AUGGGCGGGGAAGAUCAGCCUCCUUUCCAGGAUGAAAUCGGAGUGCCUAAACUGGCGUUCAAAGGGGAAAAUGUUGAGGACGGUCUUGGGUAUCUCAACACACUGUGUUCUCUGAAGCCUGGCCCAUCGUCCGCGAAUGUGGAAGAACUUGGCGAAGAUUCCUCCCCAAAUUCUGAAAGCGAUGAAAGUUCUUCCAUCACAGAUACUUGUGUCGAUGAUCAGAAGAGCCUGAUGGUUGAAAAGAUUGUUUUUAUUGUGACGCAGUGGUUGCGUCCAAAGUUAGACGCAUGGCGUAGGAAUGCCGCUGACAAUUCAAAAACCGCGCCGAAGACAUCAGAGGCACUGUCGGGCUCAUAUCUCCAUACUGAGACAUCUAACACUGUUAACUGUCGGAAUGAGAAGAGAAAAGCAACGGAAAGGGACGAUUGCGAGACAGACGACGAGGGCGAGGGUAGAAACAGGGGAGAUCAGGGGAGCAGCGGUAUGUCCAUUAGGGGACACGAAAAACCGAAGUACGCUUGCCCGUACUUUAAGUAUCAUCCGGCGAAGUAUAGAGACUGGAGGACAUGUCCAGGGCCUGGCUGGAAUGACGUCCAUCGAGUAAAGGAGCAUCUUUAUCGGCGUCAUAAGCAACCCCAAUAUCGCUGCGCUCGUUGCUGGCAACCCUUCACAGACCAGCAAGGCCUGACGCACCACCAGAGAGCCGAUGAACCAUGUCCCCUGCGAGAAAUGGGAUAUGUUGAGGGUUUUGACGCAACGCAAGAAAGAAGCCUGAAAUCACGGAAGCGAGUUAACCAAAAGCUCUCAGAGACCGAGAAGUGGAGGCGAGUCUUCAAAAUUCUAUUCCCGCACGUGCUUGAUGAUGAUAUCCCCUCUCCAUUCUAUGACUACAGCCAAACGCCACAGAAGGACGAUGCCUGCCGACACUCUGAAUCGGGAUCCCUGGCGCAGUGUGAACAGUAUAUGUUGAGAGAAGUGCCGCAGCGUCUUCGGCAAGCUUUGGGGAGGGAGCUAGACCGAGACUUGACCAUUGUGGAGGACAACCUGAGGCGAAGAGCUGGUGACUGUGUCAGGACUCUAAUCGAGGAGGUUUUUCAGGAACUGAGGCAAAUUCGGCGCCUGAGCAGUCCAGAUCCACGACUCGAAGCUAACAACGAUAUAUCUGCACUGGCUGAAGGACCCCGGCUUCUUAUAUCUGAGUUGCCUAGUGGUGAGGAUGCUAACCCGCAUUUUGAGGGACAGGGCGAAGCGUGGCCAACUAAUUUCGACUUGGACUUUUUUGAUCCAUCCUCUAUUUUUGAGGAACUGCAACUCUCAUUUGAUAAUGGUGGUUUGAUUGAAGAUCUACUCAGGCCUGGAGAGGAUGGUGCCAACGAGUCAAUGAAACAGUCCGAUUCCGGAUAUGUAUCAAAUAGUCCUGGAUAG